CAACAACACAGCUACGUGCCGAACGCGAAAUAAUAAUUUUGCUGAGUAAUGUUCUGUCAGAGAUGCAUAAGCGUGUAGCAUUGAUCAACCUGACCAACCUCGCGCUCAUCAUGAUCGGUGAAAUCUAGUACGAGCCAAGCCACCCUCAAGCCAGAUCGGUGCGUUGUUGCGUCUCUUGUUACGUUGUAUAAAUAAAUGAGACCUCAUAAGCGAUCGCAGUAGAGGGCUGUGAAGACCUUGUGUCCUUAUAAUUCCCCUUAUAGGGCAGAACGAACUUGCAAGAACGGCUUUAGCUUCACAUGAUUCUGUGCUGCAAGAUAGCGUACUGUGAACGCAGCCGGUUGUGAUCGCGUGUCAGUGCCCUCACUAUGUCUGUCGCUUUUAUUCAAUUUUCAUUGUACCUCCCUCUGGUCCAUUACCUAGGGUAAGGUAAGAAAAUGCAUUUUCUGUUUUAGUUUAGUUAGCCUUCGUGUCUUUUUUUCUUUUUCUGCCUCCUGGCCGAGUGGAGCGUUACUGACAUCUAUGAGAGUGAAGGAAACAGGGAAGCCUUAGCUUAGAGGCUUCCGUUACUGUGAUAGCGUCCUCGUUUACCUGCAAUGUUCUUUUUUUUUACACAUUCUGCUAAAUCACAUAUUUUCCCAGCUAAAUCCGCUAUUGGGCAAUUGACUGGAACUCCUCGACUGUGAUAUAAGGCAAUCGGUGCAGCAGUGACACAACAAUAGAACUUCUUAUAACCUCCGUAGUUUUUCUGACUACCUUCGCAAACUACUUUCUAACCCUAUGCCAGUAUUUAUGUUUAGGAAAAUGUACACAUUCGACGAUGUGUAGUUCUACACCGCUCAAAAUCCUGUAAUCCUGAUGCCUAUUUUUGCAACAUGAGAGAAAACGUAACCCUUCAUUGCUAUAUCAAAAAUGAAACAAAAGGCAGCCGAUUGGUACCGGCAACCAUCGGCUAAAACAUUUUGUUUCUUAGCAUUUGGGCGGGUAGAGUGUUUUUUUUCUUUUUGACCAUAGCAUUUAUGCAGAAGCAUGAUGGGCAUUCACGACGCCACCGGCGCCACCGUAGUUUGCAAAGAGCUUCGUGAGCGCUGUGUUCCAGCCGCUUCGUUCGCAUUGAAGCGACAUGCAGCACGAAGGCCGAGUAGCUCGCUGCUGCGGGCUCUGUCUCGAAAGCGAUCGUGUUACCGAGACGGACGGUUUUUCUCGUAAGCACAGAAACGCUUACACGUUUAAAAUCAAUCGAUAGUGCAGCGCAUUCUUGCGUCGACUUUCUGCACGGCCCGUUCUUACGCGCUGUUUGCGAACGUAACGAUACGACGCACCACGCUGUGCUCGCGAGAUAAAUAAUCGCAUUGGAUUACAAUGCUACUUUUCGUCGGUAUGUAUAUGUGUACAUAUAUAGAUAUAUAAAAGCAAGGCCGUGUUAUUCAAUUCAAGUGGGCGGAGCAAUCGAGGCACGACGUCGACGUAACGUGAGACGAUAAUACAAGUAAAUUCGAACGGAAACGCUUCACGAAUAAACAGACAGGUUCUAAUGUCACGAAAGGCUGCUUCGCUUUUGAAGCCUGGGACUACAUUAUACGAACACCAGAGAAACUGUCGACAUAUUCAAGCCAGCAUGCGGUAUUUCAUCGAGCCAAAAAACAACCAAGCUUAUGCUGCACUAAAGAAAGAAAAAUAACGCGAACAAUAACACCACGAUGCGAAUGCUGGGAGAACUUUAGUACCAGGCCGCGUCUUAGAACCUUGCACGGCAGGUAUCGAACAUUUCCUCUCUCCAUCUGUUCUCGGCGCUUGGAGCUGCCAUGAUGGAAGGGGGGGAAAAAUGACACAGUUCUCUGACGCGCGCUCAACCAUUCGCGUAGCGCGUCUUAUACAACGAAAGCGUUUUACACUCGAUCGACAGAUGGCGGCACCAGGCUCGGUGAACUCUACCACUCUACGGGGAAUCCCGGUAAGCGCGAAGCUACAAACGAGGCGCUUCAACUGCUCUCUGCAUUUUAUCUUUUUUUUUUCUUCGAUCAAAGCGGCUUCCAACGAGACUAGGCCAGGGCUUGCACACAAGAACAAAAAUGAGAAACUCUAAUUCCGAAACGGGUAUGAAAAAAUAAUGGCAAAAAAUAAAGAAUGACAGAAAUAUGUAAAGAAAACAGCGACGUGUAUGUAUCGAUCUACGCUCGCCAGCGCGAGCCCGAGCUCUCUCACUUGCUCUCUCUCUUUCGUUCCUCGCUCUGAAGAGAGAGGCAAGUCACGUGCCCCGGUGCGGAAGCACGAUUGGAUGGCGCCGGAAGCAGACGAAAAAUUUCCCCUCGACUGGCAGACGACGCACCAAAUCAAGAUGGCCGCCACCGCCACUGCCGCCGCAGGAGCCGCAGACGCAGCUGCUCCGCCAGCAGCGAUGAUAGUUCGCUCCGGACACAACAUGAACUCGCGCUUUCUUCGGCUCGCGUCACCAGCGCGCUGCGCUCUGCCUCGCUAACGUAAUAGCAGCACUUUCCAGCGUGCGCUCGCAGAAGAAGUUCGGUUGCGUGUUUGUGCGUGUUUCUAGCAUGUCUUAGGCAAAACAGAGAUACGCGCCGACGAAGCGAUCCGCGGAACCCGAGCAAUGGCACGUCGUCGGAACAGGGAGAUCCUGUGGUCGCUGAUGACCCGGAUAAAGUCGCCGCACAGUUUUCAGGUGCGUCGCUUUUCCUCGGGAACCGAAAACGGUUCGGCCGGAGUGAAAUCCAAAGCCUCCUCCAAGAAGUCGAGCGAAAAGUCGUCAUCAUCGUCCAACGCGUCGUCGUCCAAGUCUCCGUCCCGGGCUCGUUUGUGCCUCAUAGUGUCGGCGAUUGCGCCGGGAUUGACGUUCGGUGUCUUCGUCGUCGUGGGCAACGCCGCGGCCGUAGUGUCCGCGGGUGCAGUGGUACCUUCCCUGCUCGUGGCUGCCGUGGCAUCAUUAUUGGCCGGUCUGUGCCUGAUCGAGCUGGUCACGUGGCAGCGUCCCUGCCCGGACUCGUUGUACGCCUGUCUCUACCGGUGGGCGGGAGAAGCGGCGGCCUUUGCGGCCGGCUGGCUGUCCCUCCUGCACCAGGGGGCCGCCAUCGCUUGCGUGGCUCGUCUACAGAGCAGCGCCAUCGACGCACUCAGCGGUGGCGCCCUCGCCAGGGCCUGGCAGGCCCUCGGCUCGUACGACCCCGUAGCACUGGCGCUAGGCUUGGUUGCUGCCUCCGUGGCCGCCGCACCCCGACUGCUGUCCUCCUCACGUGAACCAACGUGGCUUGGCAUGGCGCUCAUCGCACUGUCAUUGCUGUCGGCGCUCUUCUUCGUCGCCAUGGGAUCCGUGGGCGCCACCGCCGCUCCGGGCAACUCCUGGAGCUUCGCCAUGCUCAUGCUCAGCGACAGUGCGCCCACGGGGCUCCUGUCCGGUGCGGCACUCUGCACGUACGCCUUCAUCGGUCCGCACACGGCGCUGCGGCGCGCCCCCGACAGCCCUCAGCCGUGGCGGGACCUCCCCCUGGCGCUGGGCCUCAGCACGGCGCUCACGUUUCUGCUCACAUUCUCCAUGGCCGUCGUGGUGACCAUCCAGGCCCGGCACGACACGGCCCGCCCGCUGGCCGCCAUGCUGGCCUCGUGCUCGGCCGAGUGGGCCGGCACCGCCAUGAGCGCGGCGUCGCUCCUGGCCCUGGUGGGACUCGCCCUAUACGGCCUACUUCCAUUGGGCGGCGCCGUGCGCUCGCUGGCCGCCGACGGACUGCUCUUCCGCGGCCUGGCCAAGACGUCGAACGCGGGCCGACCGGUGGGCUCAAUCCUGGCCGCCGGAGCGCUGGCCGCCGGGGCGGCGCUGGUGGCGCCCGUGCCCAGGCUCCUGGGUCUCAUGGCCGUCGGGCCGCUGGCCCUGAACGCGGCCGUGUGCGUGGCCUUGCUUCUGGCCCGCUACCACCCGGCCAGCCGGACUGCCUACGACCUGAUCGGCGACGAGUCGCCGCCGGCCAAGGAAGGUUCCGCCGCCGGCAACGGCGGUGGCAGCUCGCUACCGGCGUCGUCGACGACUUCCCCGAGCUCCUCGGCUUGCUCGUCUUCGUCCGAGGACGAGGAGGACAUCGACGCCCUGGUGCGCGAGUACCGCGAGCGACUACGCGUGGCGGCGCUGACCGACGGACUCCUGGCCGGAAACGGUGGCAACUCGCUGCGCGAGCCCACGUCGGCGACAGCGCGCCGCGCGGACCUGGCCGUCUCGGGCGUCGUCGCGGCACUCGUGGUCCUCUCGGUGGCCAUGGAGGUCGGAUCGAGACUCGAGGGUCGAACGGCCUCCGUCUGCGCGGUUAUAUCGACGCUGUGCGCGGUCGCGGUGGCCGCUCUACUGGUGCUGCUGUCGCGGCAGCCGCAGGUCCAGCUCGGUCCCAGCUUGUUGCACGCGGGAGCGGCGUUCCGCGUGCCCAUGGUGCCCUGGCUGCCCUGCAUCGGGGCCUUUCUCAACGUCUGCCUCUUGGUCGAUCUGCUCGUCUCGGCCUGGCUCGUGUUCGUUUGCUGGCUGGCCAUAGGCGUGGCCCUGUACCUGCUGUACGGCAUCCACAGUUCGACGGCCGCCUCGGAGAUCCCGCUGCCGACAGCGGCCGCGGCCGGUUCUCCCCGGCAGCCGUCGCCCAAGAUCUCGCUGCAGCCGCUGGCGCUGCAGCCGCACAGCAUCGUGUCCCACAUCGUGCCCUCGCACCGGAGUCACCCGGGCAGCCAGCGGAGGCUCGCCGAGCUCGACACGGUCUUCAUCCAGCACUGAUCUCGGCGAGGCCGCCGCGCAUCCGCCUCGAAAAGAGCACAAAACAAACCGACCUGCUGUGUCACCGGGAGAGAACCAAGGCGGUCUCCCUCCCUCUCCCCCGGAGCCCCGGCAAACGUCCUCCGGCGAAAGAAACGGUCUGCGCGAUUCGGACAUGGGCCGCGCCACCUGCGGUCCCGCCGAAGGGGCCGCGACGGCCCGGGACCCGCUGAGCCAGCGCUCCCCGGCGACCCCCACGACUGCCGCCGCCGACCAGCAAUAACCGAGGGAAGCCCGGGGGGAACGAAAACGAAAGAGGGGCCGAGCUUUCGUCCCCGUUUCUUCCUGUCGCGACAGCGCCGUCCGAAUAGUAUAUAUAUAUCUAUCUCAGUUGUGCUCUGGAACGACGACGUUAUAGGGACGCAUGCAGCUGCGUCGCCAUCACUACAUGUUAUAGACUGUUCGCGUUGUCCCGUCCCUGACACACACACACACACACACACACACACACGACGAGAGGUCCUUACUACAGUUUGACAUACAGGCAGAAAAGUCGAUGUAAGCAGGAGAUGACAAAAGAAGGGGACGUGUCUCAGCGAAGGACAAAGUUCGGUGACUUCUGAUAAAUGUCGGAACUGUUUCUAUAGCUGCUGCGUUUGAAGUGCGUUCCAGAAAUGGGUCAAACAAACAAAAGAAAAAAGAGCGCCCUGCUCUGAUUGUUAUGAGAUGGUCAUGCUGUGAAAGACAGAGAAAAAAAAGCGAAUGUGCAUAUACGAUUACGUGUUCUGUUCAUUUUUUUUUUUUUGAAUGGAAAUACGCUAUGGUUUAGUUCAGCAACCGCCCUUGAGCUCUCUUUCUCUUGCGCUCCCGUGUUUCGUCUGGAACGAACUUGCCGAGUAUCGCACCUCUAUAUAGCGAAAGGCGCCGCGAACGUCUUCAUAAUUAAUGCCAGCGUUAUGCCUCCUGUCGAGUGGGGUCAUUUACGAUAUACUUCCCUCCCGAGUUGAACUCAAACAUUUAACUAACAGUACAUGGCACAGUGUUUGAAAUGCGUAGACACUAAAAGUUAAAUAUCUCGUCAGGAGUGGCUGGUCGGUACGGCGUAGACGAGCUCGUUCCGCGUUCUGCUCGCAGCGUUGCUGAUCGAAAGCUGCCUGCUCCUCAGAAGUACGUAGGACACGUGACCUGCCCAUUACGGAGCCGGAGAGAAACUGCUGCGCGCGCGCUUGGCUGCGACGGAGAGCAACGACGUCACUACUGGCGCAGCCAAUCGCGCGUCUCUCUCGCUCCUUCUUUUUUUUCUUCGCGCAUGUACAUGGGGGUUGCGCCAGAGGAGUUUUCGGCGUACAGGCGACAGACAGAGGGACGAAUCGGCUAGCCAUAUACAACUUCGCUGUAAAAAGAAAAUAUGAGGUAAAUUUGCGUGCCAUAAAACCACGCUCUUGUUUACGCCGCACGACGUAGUUGGGGAUGAAGUUUCUUUAGCGCGCACUAAAAUCUAAGUAUACGAACGUUCUUGCAUUUCACCCUCAUCCAAAUGCGGCCACCGAGGCCCACAUCGAAUCGAACCCGCGACCUCAGCCGAGCAGCACAAUGCCAUAUAUCCGCUGGGCUUACUGCGGCGGACGCAUAAUUUGACUCUUGGUGUACACAAAAACAAGACGCAUUUCUGAGCAAAACAAAUGUGGAUGUCCGUGCAUUGCAAAAAAAAAAAAAUAUAUAAGAAAAAGGACAGUGAAGUGUGCGAGUUGUAAUCUCAGCGUGAACGCUUUCAGAACUUGUCAAGCCUGCACAAAAAUGCUAUUUCAUUUGCCUUACUUCAUUUGCUGCUUCUACAACCAAGGGAAAGUCCUGUCGCUUCGCGAGCUAACGCCGCAAAGCGACAAUCGCUGUCGAUCGACCAAACCGCUGGGGGUCUGCGCCGUUGUGACUCUGGCGGCUGGCUACGCAGUGCGGAGUUAAUUUUCACUUCCAUUUUUUUUCUCCUGUUCAUUCGCGAGAAAAGAACGAAGGUACUCAAUUUUCUACCGAAAUCUUAUUCGCGCCUCUGUAGAUCGUCCCAGUCGCGUAUACAGGAAACUUCCCACCGCCCGGCGAAACGAUUUGCUCCCAAAAAAGCCGACAAUGUUCGUUUCCAGGAAUGUGCGAACUCUUUCUUUUUUUUUUAAUCUUUUAGUCUUAUUUUCGGCAACCCAUGAAAGCGACGGCAAUUUGCUUCUUCUUUCACUUUCGCGAGGCUUACUUUACUGUAUUGCACAUUCCUUUAGUUCACUUACGAUCGGUUUCUCUUGUAAUUUCAUUUAUCCUUUCUUUUUUUUCUCUUACUACCUCCCUGGUGCCAAGCAAAGGGAUGCGCAGUCGAGGACGGCAGGAAAUUAGGCUGGGCGAUGAAAUUAGCAAAUUUGCAGACGCAAGUUGGAAUCAACUAUAGCGCAAGACAGGUAAAUGGAGAUCGCCGGGAGGGGCCUUCGUCCUGCAGUGGACAUAAAGAUAGGCUGGUGAUGAUGAUGACCACCACCCGACUGCUUGGUCUAACCCUUAUGGUGUGUGGGUUUAUGCCACAUUGGCGGGAAACCAUCAUCAUCGAUAACAAAUCUGCAAGCGUCGCUGUCGAUUUACGUGAUCGCUUCAAGGCGACAAAACGAUCUCCCGCAUGCGAAAAGAAUCGAAAGAGAGAGAGAGAGAAAGAAAGAAAGAAAGAAUCGACGCAGCCUCUCCCCGCGUUGUACGCGUCGUAUUCAACACAGAGCGCGCAGAAUCCGAAUCUGGAUGAAAAGUCGGAGGCGCGCGAUCCCUCUGUUUUCACAAAAGCCAACGCGAAUCGAAUCGCGUUAAUGACAUCGUUCCCUUUCUUUCUUUUUUUUUUUUCAGGGCGAGAACAGUUCAUUUUUCCUCAUCUCCCAGUUCUCUAAAUUAGGCGCGUUAUUAAAUCAGUUUGACCGACAAAGCCACGGCGAAGACGAUGCGUUUCCUUCUUUUUCCUUUAUUUUUUUCGCUACAUCGCACGAUAUCCCCGCGGGCUGUGCAGUAUGCAGGCGACAGUCGAAUACAUUCGAAAAGCAAACGACGUCCACGCACGGGAACACCGCUCCGUUGUGCGCGAAAUCGAACUUACCGGCCGCUCGCUCGCUUGCUGGCCCGAGCAUCCGUUGAGGGUGCGGUCUGUAUAGAAUACUUCUUUGAUCGGUUACACCUUAGCACAAGAGACCGACCGGUAGGAAAGACACCGCGGUGUCCAAGCCAAACAAAAGACCGUCGCCACUUUCAACCCACUCUCUCUCUCUCCUUUCUCCUCAUCCCUAAUCUCCCUCACUCUUUCUCUCCCUCUCCUCUCUGUGUUCUCUACACGCACUUCCAUUCUUUAUCCUUCCUCUCUUUGACCGCCCAAAGCGAUGUACCCCCGGGUCGAUUUCGGGUUAAAGCCAUUCCGAAAUGCGGCCCCGAGCUCCGGCCUAUGUGUACUGCAGAUUUCUUGUUGUAUUAUUAAUAUUAUAUCCGUUUAAGAGGUACUAUAAAGAAAACCGUCCGAGUCAGUUCAGACAGCAGAGUAUUAUUUCAAAAGUUAUAUUUGUACAUCUAUGGAGAGAAAAGCUCGAUUUUAGUGAAGCGAGUCAAUCGAUCACUCGGACGGCUGCAUUUUUUUAUUGGGCAGAAAAACAAGUACAUCCAUAAAUUUAAACGAAGAGGAGGUCCCAGACCAGAAAACAAGACUGCAAGAAACCUGUUUGGAAUUUAUAUGUAAGCAAUAAAAGCGUGGAAGACAGCGUAAGUGCGAUCAGAAAUUACAAAAGCUCAAGUAAUUAGAAAAGAGAGAAUUUAUUCAAUACUAAACAAUAAACACAUGAUGGAACUUGCAAGCAUUAUAUGUAUAUGACAAGAAAUAAUGGCAUUUUUUUUAAUCGAUAGUGUAAAGUUCCUAUCGUGAUGGUAUAGCUUGGUGAUACCACAAUGACGAUGCGGUAAAGUAACCAGUACGCCUUCCUGAAUUUCAACGUAUCACAGGCAGCAAUAAAUUUAUUUCAGAAAUGAAGGCCAAAAUUUCGCCUUUAUUACCUCGCCUAAACUGUAGCUCCCGUGACGUCAUACGUUUCGCUUUUUUUUUUUUUUUUGCGUAUUCGGGUCAUUUUCUGUGCCAGGUCAAGUUGCCGUGGUGAGCAGCCUUCGCUAUAUUUAGAACGUCAAUGCAAUCCUUGUCUGCUGACAAAGGAUUUCGUGGCGCUCAGCGGUCGCGCUUUGGAAAUUCAUGACGUCACCACAGAGACAGUGCGGCAAUGUCACGGUGGCGUCGCCACCUGUCUAUUUCUUGAUCGCAUCCUAACGGGGUUAUAAAGCUUCUCCUGACGAAAAUACUAUUUGAGAUAGUUAGCGUAAUCUACCAAUCUAACUUCACCUAUUAACGGCACCUUGUCCCGUUUCCUUAGGGUGGGCAUUCGCUCCUGCGGGGAAACGCCUGCCAUGGCUCUUCUCCGGCACGUCCAUAUAGAAAUCCUUUCAAAUUUUACAGAAAAAUGAAUAAGACUCGAAACAAAAUCGUUUCCGCAGUUCAGUAUUCGUGCAGCUGAGAGCUUCGCGAUCUUGUUCGUUUACCACUUCCUGCUUUUUUUUUUCCUUUUUUUUUCCGGGCACGAUUUCCCGAAUUUUCGAGCCCUCGCUCGAUCUAUAGAUUCGCGCGCGCGAGUCGUUUUUCAUUCUCGGAACGAUCCUGUGACACGGUACGAAGUAGGAGAGAAAGAAAGAAGAGAAAAAGGUUACGUUUCUUCGCAGAUUUUACAACCCACCUAGCAAUGUAGCAGUUCAUUUGUCUUCUCCACACGGAUACACUACUGCGCCGUAGCGACACAGCUAGGACUAUAUGCUCCCUCUCGCCAGUUCUGUGCAGUACACAGCGAAACCCUGUCGAAGUAUCCCAUAUGCCCCGCAACUAUCAGGUCCAAUGAACCCCCGUAUGUGCGUGGCAUCCGCACGUGUAUGAUCGCACGGUACAGUCGCAUGUGUUCCCAUUCAAUCAUAUGGCAUUCGAAAGACACGAACGAGCACGAAAUAAGAACACACAAAAAGAGCUUGUUCGUGUCCUUAAUAUAGAUGCGUCCGUUAUUUUUUUUUUUUUUUAGUACGCUGCUUUAUAUGAAUCGUGAAUGAACAAUAGGCCCGUAAGUAUACCUGUUAAGAAGAUUGAUAUGCCGGCCCUUCUGGCGCUAAUUAGUAUACUGCCUGUCUGAAAUGAAGUCUUAGUAGUUUUACUAAAUCUUCAGCAUCGUUAGAAGUAAAUUGCACUAGUCGACCAGAAGCUUUUUUUCAUUUUUUUUUUUUCAUGCAAGAUAAUUCCCGAAAAGGCGUCCGCCAUGUAGACACGAGAAUCGCGAAUAUCAAGGACGAAAGAGCGACGAAAAGGGCUAGUCGGUGGCUGUUCAUACUUUCAGUGAUUUCUUAUCCCCCAGCGCCGACAUCAAGGGCGCGUCCAUCCUCUAGCUCGCCGCGUAUUUCCUGCGUGACGUCACCCGCGCGGCGGCGUAGCCUCAGUUUUUUACGUCGAGCGGGUGACCGCUUGCUAGCAUAAUCCUGGCAGGAGCUAGUUCACUGGCGUCACACGUCGGCGCAAGUGCCUCGUGCCACGCCCACUUAACGGCCGCACUUGUAUAGCGUACACCCGCGCUAACAACGUCGUUACCGCGCGAACCGAACCAUCUGUAGUCUCCUUGCUCGACGGCGGGUGACGCAACGCCCGAUAUACGUCGCAAAUACGCCCCGUGUAGUUGCUGCUGCGCUGUUCCUUCGCGCCAAACAUUAACAGUACUACGGGUAUGCAGUGACGUCAUCGAGUUCGCCACAUUACAGUACAGCCAGCUCGGUGAAAAGCAGCACGUAAUCUAGAUCCGCUCAUCUUCAGUAGCAUAGUGGAAUCUGUGGACAGGGCUACAAAAUGGCGUAGGUGACGUCAUGCGAACAAUCCGUAGGCUCGCUGCACUGCACUUCGUUGGUAAGAUGGAACAACGUUUCGUUCUUUUCCUACAGCAUUUUUUUUUUCUUUAAACUUCUUUGAUAUAACGCCUCUUACUCCAGCGUUCGCGCGCGCUCUUUCCCCACCAGCAAAGAGCGUUUGAUAUAUGGCGCGUGUGAGUUCAGCUGCACGGAAAGGUGGGUCAAUUUCAAUUCGCUCGAGGAGCACAUUCUCCCCUACUGCAACCCGCGUCUACAUCACUGUAAAGUACAUUUUAUUUCUUUAAAGCAUGAUCGAGUGUCCACCGAGCUCUACACGACGGAUGCUUUGUUCGCCCCCUCCCCUCCCCCUUGCUCCUCCUCCAUCUGUCUAAACCCACCGUCCCAACCCCGUCCUCAGCCCUCGUUCCAUUGCAACCCUUGCAUUCCCCCCGAUCCUGGAGACCCUGCAAUCGAGCAUUCCAAACGCUUGUGAUUAUAUGGUUCGCGGGCAAUCUGUUAUUCUCUCCCUGCUCCGCAGCAGCUUGUUCUCUCGGGUGCUCCAUUACUUGAGCGUCAUCAACUUUAUCUUCUGAGCCACUCCCGCACUCCCUUUUUUCUCUAUCUCUUUUUUUCCGAACAUGUACUCACCCUUUACACUGAACGAAACGUGGCACAGCCCCAUCAAACAUACGACAAAUAACACCAGCAGGCUGCGUCUGCAUUCCAACGCGAGGCACGUCGGUAUACCCAUUACCGAGACGCUAUAGGAAUGAGGAAUUCCUCGCAAAUACGUGAUAUCCUUGAACGGGUAUCUACAAGAGUGACACUGCGGCCCAAGUUGGAAUUACAAGAGCACCGCAUUUGUCUAAAAAAAAAAAGAAAGAGAUGAAAGGAAAGCUUUUUCUCCAGAUAUAUUAAGUGUAAUUGAAACAAUCUGGCGACGACUGGCACCUUGGAUUUCUCUGACAGCUAUAGUGGGAUGUAUACUGACUACUAGCAGACGAUAUUGUUGAAAAAAAAAAAAAAUCCACACAUUCUUUUGCAUAAAAGAAGUCUUUCAUCUUAACAUCAAGCUUCCGUCGAUUAUGCACCCAUUCUUCUUUCUUUUUGCCACCGUAGUACACUUAAACGAUAGUAAUGAUGAAGUCUACUGAUAUCGCGGACGUGUGACCGUACAGUUGUUAAGGCACGUACCUGGACCGUCAUACAUUCGACAGACGCGCAUUCGGAUCACAUCAGGGUAUACAAAUGGAGCUGCCGCCAUGUAAAGAGGACAGGAGAAAAGAAAGGAAAAGAAAUUAACGAUAUUACGCUUCGUUACUUUUUACAUAUUCAGCCGUGAGACUAGCCCAUUCCUUAAUAAAGCGUUCCGACACGGUUCUAAGAAAUUUCAAUGGCUGAAUGUGCAAUGGCUGUAUAUUCAAUGUACAUUCAAAUGCACGGUAACGUCAGAUACGGGGCUGAAUUCACAGUUUUUUGUUCUGAGUGUUGCUUGCCAUUUGCUGCUCGCCUUCGCUAACAAUUGCCGCCAACAUAAUUUUUUUUUGCAUCUGUUGUUACUAAAAGUUCCUGUGUAAGAACUUCGUUAGUAAAUACGGACCCCAAGAUCUAGCUUACAGUCUCGCAUCGAAGAUGAAACAUGCAGGGUUGUUGCAGAAUGCACAAACUUGAGUUCUGGCCUGGCUUACAAGCAUGCGCUUCAUCCCAUGUGCUUCCUGUAAUGUGUGCACUGAUCUGAGCAUGUCCAACUGCAAUGUCCCCAGUAAGACCAUGACAGAAAAGUGGACACUAACUUAUAACUCACACACAGUGUUAUUAACUGCCCUAGUCACUCCAGACACCUUCUUCACACGUCUUAAUCGAACGUCUGCGCUUAAAGACGACGUCAAACAGCGUUAAAUAAACGACCGCCCCCCUCCAUUUUCUCGAUUCGUCUUCCAGCAUCACUUUGCGCUGAGACGGCACUUUCUCGCCUCAACCCUAACAUAUCUCUCACUUUGUGUACACAGCACACUCGGAAGACAACGUUAAGAUGGAAUAGCCUAUAUAAGGCUUCACCGCACUAUUGUGGACAAAUGGAACCUCAACAGAAUUACAUAAGCAAAAUCGCAAGGUUUUAAUUGCCGUAUAUAGCAGACACAUCAGUGGACUCAAUAUAUAUAGAUUCCAUAUGCCAUACUCCGUUCUUUGUAGUGCCGCGUAAAUGUUUUAGUGCCUAGUAAUAAAUAUGUAAAGGAAGUCUCACGGGAAAGCGGCCUGCAUCAAAAUGCCUUGAAAGGCUCGGCAAGUAUGUGCAGGCUUGUUUCCCAAGAGUCAGUGUGCCGAUGGGAGAGACAAAGAGGGAAGAGCUGUUGCCUUGAUGUGGCUAGCCGCAUGACGUCAUGCUCCCUCCCUCUAGUUUAUUCUAUACGUUAAAACGAACUGCACCAUUAGUCGAAUCAAAUUCUCGCAAUUUCAUUGGUCUUGGUCGCGUUUCAAUUGUUCACGAUAAUGCUGUGUUUGCACGUAUUAUACUAUAUACAAUUUUUUCGCGUACGUUUGUGCGCUGUUUUUGCCACGUCACGUGGUUCAUGUGGUUGUGCCCUUUAUUUCGGCCUUACUACACUCUCGACGCACUGUUGUGAGAAGUCAAUCAACUCGACCGGUGUCUUGCGUAUCUACGACUUUGGCAUUCAGCGCCCAGUAGCAAACAGUGCAUGGCGAAUGCGUAUAUGAGUCAAUUAACUCGAAAAAGAAUGUGUGUGUGUUUCAGAAGCGAAUGGUUCUCAUUGAUAUGUGUGUUACGAGCUUGAAACGACCUGUCUUGUAACCUUCUGUGUAAUCUCCCAGAUGCUUGCUAUCAUGGCAAAAGGCUGGUCAGUGCCAGAUCAGUAUACGUAGUAUAUAAAGUCGGGAGCAAAUGUCUAGAGACCACAGCUUCAGCAAGAACAUUAGAUUUCAGCCGUGCAACAUGGAAUUGUUUCAGUGCAUUGCGUUGGUCGAACAGGCAUGCAUAGGCUGUACCACUUGACUUAGGUCUGCACGCAUGUGGUCUGCAGACUUUUUCUCAUGACUGUACCUUAGAGCUUUAGACCGUUAGAUAACACCCCCAGUGCUGGUUGCCGCCUUUACCGCAAUCAACAAGAUGGCGCCUGGAUGCGUCAAAGACCGACGCUCACACAUGUGAAACCUCGAAUCCUCUGCAUCAACAAGGAACCCUCUGCAUCAACUUGCACUGUGGUCAAGCAUAUAUUUAAAUGCCGCUGUACCCCACUUUCGAAAGAGCGUCGUUAUGCCGCAUUUCACUAAAGUUCCCAAAGCCGUUGUUGGACAUAGCCACCCUCUAUACUAAACUCUUCUAAACCGUGAACAUGGUGUCUUAGAGCCGUUAUAGAGAAAUGUCAUAGACAAUUUAUCUGAGAAUUACGGUACAAGUUGAAUGUUGUUGCGCCAGAGAUACUCAAAUUACAUUACACUGUUUAUGAGCUCAGAAACCUUUUUUCUAUAGAGAAAUGCUUCAGGAGUGUGUACAACUUGGUAUACUUAUUGCAUGUUCGCUGUCACUUGUGUUUUUGGGGGGAUCGAUUCCCUCUCAUUGCGAAGACCUGACGCUAUACCUCCACUGAGACAACACCUGUAUGUCACUGCUGCAUCUGCUGAAUGUUCACGCCUUCUAUGUAUAGGGCUAGUACAGACUUUUGAGUGAACAGAAAGACCUGUUUAAGGCCAAUUGCAAUGAAAUUUCACUUUGGCUAUAUUUGUUAUAAGUUAGUAUAUAUACCACCAAAGCAAUCUUGGCAGAACCGCGGAGCUGCUAAUAGCAGUUUUCUUAUUAGUAGCCUUCAAACAGCACCUAAGCAGACUGGUGGCUGUUGCGAUCAAUGGACUAUGACAUAAGUCCCAGCUCACUACCUCCGAGAUUUUCUAGCGCGCACCUCCUGACCUCGGAGGUCAUGCUGAGGAGCUGCGUGCUCUAGGUCAUGUGUCACUCCUGGUGAGCAGCAACGGCCGUGUUUUUUUUUUUUUUACUUUUGGUAUCAAAAACAGCAAUUUUUGCAAGCUUUUCAUGAUACUUCCACUCGUAAACUGAGUAAGAGUGGUAGACUUCGCAUCGCUUCAAUUGUAGUUCAUUUGUUCGCACGCAAUUAACAUUCGUAAUCUGUGGUUGAUGUUAUGAUAGCUCGCAUUAGUUUCUUGGAAUGCGGAGGUGGUAAGAAUAAAAAUAAAUAUGAUUAUUUUCUACGAAAUAUGGCACUGCAAUUGGUCUUCUGAAGUAAAACUCUAGAUUUAACCAUUGUAUUCUGGGAUUCCAGGUAUCACAGCUGUCAAAUACAUUAUUUCUUCACAGUACCAUUGCUUCAAAUAAUUUGUUACAAUACAUGUAUAUAGUAAAGUAAGUUACAAAACAUUAAGAUCACUAUAGAAGAGUGGAGAGGAGGUGGACACAGCCACGGCUUUUUUUUUCUUACUAGAUUUUGAAAGGACGUUGUCACUCCUUAAUUCUAAACAAUAUAACUGCUUUCCUCUCGACAAUCAGUGCUGACACAGCUUCGUAAUAAUGUAUGCUAUUCUUUACGAUAAAAAUUCCAAACAGCAUGUUUCGGACUAACAAGGUUUGUUUAAAGAAGCAACUAAACAAGGGUCAUCUCUGCACUAGAGUAAUGAAGCAUCUGUAUUAUGAAAAAAUACAGUAAUAUAAAGAAAGGUAAAGAAGUUCGUUGACUGUCGAAAGCAGUUGAAGACAAUCUGAAUGUGGUAUCAGGACAAAAGCUCCAAGAAAGACAAUGUUUCACUCCAUUUUUCAAGCAGCUGUUGUAUUAUACAUCCUCCUAAUAUCACUUUUAACUAUCUGCACUCGUGGAUUUAACUGAGUACAGCCGACCCACAGUGAUGAAAUAUUUCGGUCUGUUUGAAAGGCAUCCCUAAAUUUCAAUUGGGACACCACAUUUCAAAUAUAAUACAUUGUGUAUUUUUGCGAUUUUUUAAAGCUUUUGUGUGAAAUAAAGGUUCUGGAGCUCAACACAGCACAAAAUAUAUUGGCAAGCCUCGAAGCGGCAUAAAUAAUUUACUGUACUUUUUCUACAAACCAGAGCACGGAACUGGUCAAGCUGUUAAAUCAGCUUUUUUUUAUCGAUGGAAAUAAAAUUAUUAUUCUUAUUAUUACUUUUGGUUUCGUUUCCAAGGGGCUGUAUGUCAUGAGGCAGAAGGCGGUCACGUCGCAGGAGAACAUCGUGAUGUUUUGGCACUCGCUCAGUCACGUGACGUGACAUGGCCCGAUGAAGCAGCACAACAGCAUAAUUAGAUUGAAACACAUUUUACUUUGAUGGUCAGAUUGAUUCCUUGAGAUUGCUAGAAGCACCUUUGGAACACCAUUAUCUGGCCACCUAAUAAUUAUGUCUUGAACCGCAUAUUAGACUACUUGUGAUAAUCCCGAUGAAAAUCCGUACACAUCCGAAGUUUUAAUUAAUGUGCGUUGACUGUAAGUACUAGACGCCAUUAUCUCUUGCACAGUGCAGGUAGAUUCUUGUUGUGACAGCAGUGUUCACAUGGUAUGCUUGUUGCUUGUUAUGAAAAUGACGUUGCACUUUAAUAGCUCGAGAUUCUGUUUGUGACGUCUUGUCUUUCUGAUCUGUGAUAGUGCCAAAAGAUUAUUAUAUUGUACAAAAGCUAGGAAAAAAAAAAGACAGGCCGAGCGUGCAAGUCAGAUGCUCAGCCACAACAACAACGAUCUUUGUGAGGUGUGUCUGCUUUAGCCCGAUGUUGUUUCUAACUACUACUACUAUUACGUAGAUCAGCAGCAAGCACGUUUUCUUGUUUUUUCCCCCCAGUUUUCAGUGAGGUCUUGUGGACUACAUCGAUUCCAAGAUGAAUCAAAGUAUUUUUAACUCCACUGUAUGCAUUAACUGCAGUUUGUGCUCACUUCGUGAAUUGGUUUGUCUUGCACAGACACGGAACGUAUAUGUAGACAGCAUGACAAGAUCUUGUGAAAUAAACAUGUUUUCAGACACGA